AGCACAACGUCGUGGGCUAGCGUCUAGUAGCAGUGGCACCAAUACGUUCACCGUGACUUGAACCACUACCACGCCUUGUCCGCAUUGAAGACAGUUGUUCCAUCAGGUUUCUAAAGCUGAGAUUGAAGCUUGAAGUUCCAUGUGACAACAUGUCUUUUCAGGCUCACGAGAACAACUCACAGGAUGACCUUCCGUACUUGUCUUUUCAUAGUGAUGCGCCAGCCUAUGGUAGUGCCCAUUUUGUUGGAUCUCCUGGCCAAAUCACCCUAGAAGAGCCUAAUAUCCCACAUUUGCGUCCCAUUCCUUCUUAUGGUUCGCUUCCAUCAUCCACUUUACGACCAAGCCGCGGACGGGAUCGAAGUGUUUCCUACAUUGUUGCUCAUACGCCUCCUCUGGGAGUUCAUAUAGCUAGUGGUCAAAACCUUAGGGAGUCCCUUGUCCGUUUGUCUCGCGUCAGGACCCCACCACCAGAAGCGCAAUGGUCGCUGUUCGAACAACUCAUGGAGAACGAGGGCCAGCUUAGCCCUAGGACACGCGACAGACGCCAUUUCAUGAACUCCUCUCAUCGUUCCCAGCGCUCUUCGGGGCUUCUGACUCCAGAAGCUACCUCUCCUGGCUGCGAUCUAUUCGACGAUGUCAUCCAAUCCCAUUCGCACGAGCACAACGCCCGAGAGGCGUCGUUGGAUCAAUUCAAUGACCAUACUGAUCCCACCGAAUUAGAAGACCACUCCGAACCCUUCUUCGACAGCCCUUCACCUACCUCUGUCCCUAAAACGCCAUCAUGCUAUCGCUUUCCUCCCUUACGAGCGCCCGCAAUACCAAUCUUGUGGAAGAACAUUCUCAAAUGCGCAGUGGCAUAUCUUAUUGCCUCUCUCUUCACGUUUUCACCAUAUCUCUCUGGAUUCCUCAGUGAUAUUUCCACUCCGGGAGCAGAGAACAGCACCCCAUCGCCCACUGGUCACAUGAUAGCCACGAUCGCUAUUUACUAUAACCCCGCGAAAACCAUGGGGGGAAUGAUGGAGGCUGAUUCGUACUGCUCGAUUGCUUUUCUUUAUGCAGCAUUUGUUUGUUUGGGAAGCAUGUCCAUGUUUUGGUCCCUUGAGGUCAGACCAGGAUGGGAGUGGCUUGGUGACGCUCUCGUCAUUUUCUGGGUCGGAGUCAGUAUGUGGGGUCUCACUUGGAUAAAAGUAUGGAUGGACAAACCCACGUUUAAUUCGGCGUGUAGCAUGGCUGCCAUCAUAUUAUCUGUUGUAAUCGUCAAGGAAGGAGGCUUGGAAACACUCCUGCAAGUCUUCUCGGUCGUGCUUGUUGGUACCUUGAUAUCAAACAUCGUGUGUUUCACGCUAUGGCCAAAAAGUGCUACAGGAAACCUCCAGUUAAACAUGAUAAAGACCUUGGAUUCGUUUGCCACCCUCCUUGGCAUGGUUACGAACACCUUCCUCUUAGAGGAGCCCAUUCGUCAGCUUAGCCAGGAUAAAAUACACAAGGCGGUCGAGAGCCAUCAGGCUAGUUUUACGGGUCUCAAAAAGAACUUAGAAGAAGCCAAGUCGGAAUGGUUCAGCGGUCUGCGUGGACAAGAAGGCAAGGCGUCCCGACAAGCCUACGAGGACGCGGUUGACAGCCUCACGCGUCUUGCUCAACAUCUGAAUGGCUUGAGAAGCGGCACCCGGUUGCAGUACGAACUCACGAAGGCUCACAGCGAGGGACGCUUGACGCUGAAGCGACGCGAUCAAACAAUCGGAAGAGAGCCUGAUCCAAGCGGGUAUCAUUCUCCGGCCGGGAUGGGGAGGAGGGUGUCCAAUGGUGGUUUGGACAUGAGGGAUGACACAGACGAAAUCCUACUACAAGCUGCGGCGGAUAUGUUUGGCGAUCUAGUCGAUGAUCUGGGUCCACCGCUGAAGGCACUGACGAGGACCUGUACGGCAAGUUUCAAACGUCUACGCGAGGCAUUUGCGCAGAGCAAACAUGUCCAAAGAGAAACUCCACUUCGACCUCAUGAUUUCCACCUUCUAAUUGAUGAGAUUGACCGCGCCCUGUUUACUUUCGAAAGCACCUCGAACCACGCUGUCAUGCGUUUAUACAAACGAAGCAAUUUUUCUGCCCCGUCUUUGGCGAGUUCGUUCGAUUCGUUAGCCCAACAGGACAAUACGAUUCUUAUGAACAAUGAAUAUGAACACAUAUUUCUUCUCUAUUUUUUCAUUUUCACAUUGCAGGAAUUUUCUAGAGAGCUCAUUUCUCUCACGGACGCUAUGCGUAGAAUAUACGCAGUCAAACAAAUCAGAGCGGAUACUCCAAGUUGGUUUCACCGAUACAUUUUGCACGGCCCGUCAAAUCUUUUAUCUGCAAUGCGAUUGCGCCGACGUAACUUGGCUCGUGAAAAAUCCAAGCCGUCUGGACUGCGUCGACUCUCAUCAUACUUCACUUCCCCUCAUCACGCCAAAGUAUUCUUUCCAAAAGUACAACCUCACGCUCCAAACACGAUACAAACGCCCCAUCCCGCAAAUCUCCCUUUCAUUGGUCGUAUGAAGCGCGCACUUUGGGAUUUUGGUGGGAUUUUGAAAGGGCGCAAAAUGAAGUAUGCGUUCAAAGUGGGAAUGUCUGCUGCUGUGUUGGCUGCACCUGCGUUCUUUGAUGCUACGAGACCAAUUUUUACGGAUUACAAGGGUGAAUGGGCAUUGAUUUCUUUCUUUGGGGUCAUGUCGCCUACAAUCGGAGCUACCAAUUUCCUCAGCAUUCAUCGUGUACUUGGUACUCUUUUCGGAGCAGUUGCCGCAGCUGGAAUUUAUAGCCUUUUCCCGGAGAAUGCAAUCGUGCUGACGAUCUUCGGUUUCUUUUUUUCGAUGCCUUGUUUUUACUACAUCAUUGCAAUUCCAGAGUAUGCGACGACGGGGAGAUUUGCUCUUUUAACAUAUAAUUUGACGUGCCUCUAUUCGUACAAUGUUCGACAAGCCGAAGUAUCUGUGAUCGAUAUUGCAUUUUAUCGCUCGACUGCGGUUACCGUUGGUGCCCUCUGGGCUGCGAUUGUAUCUCGUUUCUGGUGGCCUUCAGAAGCGCGAAGGGAGCUCAGUCGAGAGCUGGGAGACUUUUGUCUGAACAUUGGCUGGCUAUACACCCACUUGGUAGCAGCCAACUCAGGCGUGCCUCGCGUAGAAGAUGAUACAGAUGAAGACGAGCCUGAGACGCAGUCCUCGGACGAGACGACGUCACUCUUGCCCAAGUCCGCUAAAGCCAAGCUUAGCAAAUCCAUUCACGAAUUCAUGGCUAUGGAACUGCACCUCCAGAGGAAGCUUAUUGAAUUGCAAGAUCUUCUGGCUCAGACACAGCAUGAGCCUCGGCUGAAGGGACCUUUCCCUAUAGCACUCUAUCGAGCGAUGUUGACGAGUCUCCAGACUAUCUUGGAUAGGCUGCACAGCAUGCGUUGCGUCACUACCCGAGAGGAGUGGAUUACGUCCGUAAGGAGAGAUUUCAUUUUACCCGUGAAUAAGGAGCGAAGAGAAAUGGUCGGAAACAUUGUUCUUUAUUUCUCUACGCUCGCAUCCGCCUUUCGCUUGAAAGCGCCAUUACCUCCGUACCUCCCACCAGCUGAGGAAUCAAGGGAGCGUCUGGUCAAUGCAAUCCGGAAAUUGAAUGUAGUCAGGAACAGAGAUGUGAAAGCGUCUCGACACCUGCUUUUCUUUGCGUAUGCUCUUACUAUGAAAGGUGUUACUCAGGAGCUCGAGUAUCUUGGGCGUACACUGCAAACUGUUUUUGGUGUGAUUGGACACAAUCCGGAAGAGUUUGAGGCGUUGUUUGUGGAGCCGGGUGAGAGUGUGGAUGUUACGCAUGUUGUUUGACGCAUUGUAGAUACUCUAAUUUUUACUGCAUGGACAUGAAAGUAAUGAUGCAUUGAAAUCUGUACCAGUGUCUCCGAGUACCACAACAGAAAACCAUUAGGCAGACAGCAGGAUGUCAUAUACUUCAUAGAAAAUGAUACCCUGACUUGCAGACGCUGA